CACCACAGGUGGUGGUGGGGUUGGGGAGAAGAGAUUUCUGAUUUCAAUUCACUCUUCUUUUAUUGUAAGUUCAGCAAAAUGGGUUUUAUGAGCUAUCUACAACACAGACGCGACUGCCAGCGCAAGCAGAUAGAGCGCGCCUCGAAGAUCGCGAGUCUCCCUCAGCCAUACCUUUGUCCCCUAACUUCUCAAGAGCGAACAAUCCUAGGGAAGCCCAUCCAGGAGCUCGUCCAGGAUGUUCACAGGCAAAUCACCAAUCCCGUCGAUAUCCUCCGAGCUUACGGGAAGGUCACCAUUGAAGCUCACAAGAAGACAAAUUGCGCGACAGAGAUACUGUUUCCGGAAGCGGAGGAGUGGGCGAAGAACGAGGUUAAUCUGAAUGGGCCUCUUGCUGGUAUUCCUGUGUCCCUGAAGGACUCGAUUCAAGUGAAGGGCUUCGACAUAUCAGUCGGCUAUUCCUGUAAUACUGGGAAACCAUAUGCUGAAGAUGGCGCUAUGGUCAAGAUACUCAAGGAUGCUGGUGCUGUGCCGUUUAUCAAGACAAACCUUCCUACGACCCUUCUAUCAUUUGAGUCUACCAACGACGUUUGGGGCCGUUGUACGAACCCACACAAUAACAAAUACUCUCCGGGAGGGUCAACAGGGGGAGAAUCUGCACUACUAGCCUUUGGUGGUAGCCGUAUCGGUAUUGGAUCAGAUGUUGCCGGUUCAGUCCGCGCACCCGCACACUUCUCUGGCUGUUAUUCAUUACGGUGCUCGACUGGAAGAUGGCCGAAGAUGGGAAUGAACACUAGUAUGCCCGGACAGGAAGCUAUUCCUAGCGUCUUCAGCCCAAUGGCCCGGACCUUGAACGACCUUGCCUACUUUACCCGAAGCUUUGUGGGGAUGAAACCUUGGGAAUACGACUAUACCGUCCAUCCCCUUGAAUGGAGGGAAAGCAUAGAGACGGAGUACAAGGAGAAAAAGAAGCUCCGCGUCGGUGUAAUGCGCACCGAUCGGGUCGUUGAUCCAUCCCCGGCAUGUGCGCGUGCCCUAGAGAAGGUGGCCUCUGCAUUAAAAGCCGAAGGACAUGAGGUUUAUGAUGUAGAGCCACCAUCUCCUUAUGAAGCUCUUGUCAUUGCAUCGCAAUUGCUGCUUAGCGAUGGAUGCCAAACAUUCAUGUCCUUCUUCCGUACUGGAGAAUGGAACGACCCUGGUGCCGCCCAAAUGGUAUUCUAUAUGCGACUGCCGAGGCCCAUCAAGUAUCUGUAUUAUUUGUGGGUGAAGUAUGUUAAAGGCGAUAGUGUCUGGGCUGGCUUGUUACGAAACUGGCAUCCAAAGAGUGCAUACGAGUACUGGCAACUUGUCGGCCGUCGCGAGGCUUUUAAAGCUAGGUUCUUCGAUUGGUGGUCUGAAGAAGCAAAUAUGGACUUUAUGAUAACUCCACCGAACGCGACUCCUGCAGUACCUCAUGAUGGAAUGCAUGAUGCUGUUAGUAGCUGUGGAUACACAUUCCUGUUCAACCUAUUGGAUUAUCCGGCCGGUAUCAUCCCCGUCACUCAUGUCGACCCGGCGUUGGAUCAACUCCCUUCUACCUUCAACUUUAAGAAGUUGAAUGGAGUCGCAAAAGGAGCAUACAAGCAUUAUGACGCGACUAAGAUGGCAGGUCUGCCUGUCGCGGUACAAGUAGUUGGCCGCCGCUUGGAGGAAGAGAAGGUUCUUGCAGCCAUGGAGAGAGUCGAGGAUGCGUUAGAUAAGCACGGUGGCCGAUACCAGCUGAUGGAGGUUGAUUGAAGGUUUUGUCCGAUCUAGAUGGUGGUUCUACUUGCUUAGUGAUGACCAGGGUCUGCAAGGCUGGAAAAGUGAUUAAUAUUCAGCACUUGUAUAUAAAUCAAG